AUGUCAGUUGGUGUGCGUGACUUGGUGUCUGUGACGUCAGUUGGUGUGUGUGUGACGUCAGUUGGUGCGUGUGUGACGUCAGUUGGUGUGUGUGACGUCAGUUGGUGCGUGACGUCAGUUGGUGUGUGUGACGUCAGUUGGUGUGUGACGUCAGUUGGUGUGUGUGACAUCAGUUGUUGGUGUGUGACGUCAGUUGGUGUGUGUGACGUCAGUUGGUGUGUGACGUCAGUUGGUGUGUGUGAUGUCAGUUGGUGUGCGUGUGUGAGGUCAGUUGGUGUGUGUGAGUUGGUGUGCGUGACGUCAGUUGGUGUGCGUGACGUCAGUUGUUGGUGUGUGUGUGUGAGUGUGACGUCAGUUGGUGCGUGUGUGACGUCAGUUGGUGUGUGUGACGUCAGUUGGUGCGUGACGUCAGUUGGUGUGUGUGACGUCAGUUGGUGUGUGACGUCAGUUGGUGUGUGUGACAUCAGUUGUUGGUGUGUGUGUGUGACGUCAGUUGGUGUGUGUGUGACGUCAGUUGGUGCGUGUGUGACGUCAGUUGGUGUGUGUGACGUCAGUUGGUGCGUGACGUCAGUUGGUGUGUGUGACGUCAGUUGGUGUGUGACGUCAGUUGGUGUGUGUGACAUCAGUUGUUGGUGCGUGACGUCAGUUGGUGUGUGUGACGUCAGUUGGUGUGUGACACGUCAGUUGGUGUGUGACGUCAGUUGUUGGUGUGUGACGUCAGUUGGUGUGUGUGACGUCAGUUGGUGUGUGUGUGACGUCAGUUGGUGCGUGACGUCAGUUGGUGUGUGUGAUGUCAGUUGGUGGUGUGACAUCAGUUGUUGGUGUGUGACGUCAGUUGGUGUGGCGGUGACGUCAGUUGGUGUGUGUGACGUCAGUUGGUGUGUGACGUCAGUUGGUGUGUGUGACAUCAGUUGGUGCGUGACGUCAGUUGGUGUGUGUGAUGUCAGUUGGUGUGCGUGA